GUCUUCCUGGCGCUGGCUUUCUUCCUGGGUCUGUGCGGCAACUCUCUCGUCAUCUACGUCGUCGCCAGGUUCUCCAAGAUGCAGACGGUCACUAAUCUCUACAUCCUCAACUUGGCCAUUGCUGACAUGCUCUUCGUCGUGGGGAUUCCGUUCCUCAUGACCACGACAGCCAUGGAGUACUGGCCCUUUGGCUUCGUCAUGUGCAAGCUCUUCAUGAUCACGACAUCGCUAAAUCAGUUCACUAGUUCUCUCUUCCUGACCAUUAUGAGCGCUGACCGCUACAUAGCCGUCUGCCACCCCAUCAGCGCCCCUAAGUUCCGUACGCCCAUGAUCUCCAAGCUGGUAUCUCUUACAGCCUGGAUGAUCUCCGCUCUUAUGAUAAUUCCCGUCUUCAUGUAUUCCAAUAUUCUUAAUGACAGCAACGGACAGGCCAGCUGUAACAUCUACUGGCCGGAUGCUGUCGGGGUCAACGGCCACACUGUCUUCACCAUCUACGCCUUCGUUUUGGCUUUCGGUUGCCCUUUCGCUCUCAUCUUCAUAUUCUACACUUUAGUCAUUCUUAAACUCAAGACCGUUGGACCCAAGUCGAAGUCGAAGAAGAGGAAGAGCCACAGGAAGGUGACGAAGCUGGUACUGACGGUGAUCACCGUCUAUGUGUUGUGCUGGUUGCCCUACUGGGUGCUGCAACUCAUCCUCACCUUCAGUAUGCCCAAGCAGGUGCAGAGUCGGGUCAUGAUCAUCUUCUUUCUUAUCUCCUCUUCACUCUCCUACAUCAACUCGGCCAUCAACCCCAUCUUGUACGCCUUCCUCAGCGAGAACUUCAAGAAGAGCUUCCUAAAGGCCUGCACCUGCGCCGCCAGGAAGGACAUCAACAACGCCCUGGCGGCUGAGAACUCCAUGUUCCCCAGGAGGCGCGGGGGAUCCUCCAGGCGCAGCAGGGCCGCCAAGCAGGCCCGGGAGCUGGAGUCGAAUGACGGUUGCGUUAGGGAGAUCAUAGUGCCACUCUCCGCCACCAGGAGACCGCUGAUACCGAGGGAUGACGCCUUCCUCAACGGCAGACCCGUCACCUCACACCUCUAGACCAGGCGAGUGACACUAUGGUGUGCAUUGUAUUAUUAUUAUAUUAAUGGCGGGGGAAGCACUAAACCCAUAUGGAUCAUGGUGUGGAGGCCAAGGAGUAGGCAGGAGGAGGAGGAGGAGCAGACCAAGGCUAGGUUGAUAGGCCUUCCUAGGAAUUUGAAGGAUAAUGGGUGGGUGCAUGGCUGUUUGUGUAUCUUGUCAACGUACGAUAGUUCUUGUAUAUCGUAGGUGUAAUAUGCGAAAGAACGCUGUUCCUGCACAUUAUAUGUGUAUAUGCGAACGUGCGGUAUUCCUUGCAUAGUGUACGUGUAUGUGAACAUAUGCUAACCUCUACGUAACCAACAGUGUAAUGGUGUUUUUAAAGUUCUGUGUCAUGGUAAGUCAGGCUCAG